AUGGACAUCUUUCGCGUCCGUUUGAACUGCAUCGAUCAUUAUCAGGCAGUCCCGACUGAAUUCGAUCCUCCCGUUCCAUUUACGAAUGGAGCGUCACAACGGACUGCGCGACCCAAAGUGCCAGUAAUCCGCGCGUUUGGUGCUACAGAAACCGGCCAGAAGGUCUGUGCUCAUGUCCAUGGAGCUUUUCCAUAUCUCUAUAUCGAAUACAGAGGCGGCCUCGGACAGGAUGAAGUGAACAACGCGAUCCGCAACCUACAUGCGUCUAUCGACCACGCUCUGGCGAACAGUUAUCGCCAAAAUGCAUAUGAUGGAAGGGUUGCGUACGUCGCUCAUAUCUCCCUGGUCAAGGGAGUCCCGUUCUAUGGAUAUCACGUCGGCUAUCGGUUCUACUUGAAAAUAUACCUUUUGAAUCCCAUGAACAUUAUUCGGCUGGCCGAUCUUUUGCGUCAGGGAGCAGUGAUGAAAACCAUGUUACAGCCUUAUGAAAGUCACCUCCAAUUUAUCCCGCAGUGGAUGUGCGAUUAUAACUUGUAUGGCUGUGCCUACAUGGACUGCGCCAAAGUCAAGUUCCGGUCUCCUGUUCCAGAGUAUCUCGAGUUGUCGAAUUUGGAUCAUCGGUGGCAUGAUCGAACCAUACCUCCGAAGUACAUCACCAGCGAGACAGUUCUACCGAAGCAGAGCCAUUGCACACUGGAAGUCGAUGUAUGUGUGCAGGAUAUUUUGAAUCGAAAUGCGAUCAAGGAACGACCACUUCACCAUGACUUCAUCGAGCGGAAGCAUCCAAUAACAGCAGAAGAAAAACUCGUCCAGAGUAUGGCGGGUCUAUGGCAGGACGAGACACGCAGGCGCAAGAAGAGACUGGGAAUAAAGGAUCCAGGUAGCAGUCCGUUUACAGCCGAAGAACUGGUUUCUAUGUCAGCUAGUCCCAGGGAUCAGAACAAGGCGGGCUGGAUACACGAAGAGGAGUUUCGUGGGCAUUUACUCAGGGUGGUUGACGAAGAGAAAAAGGCCGACGACACCUCAACAAUCUCCUUUGAUGAUUAUGUCAAGCAUAAUACCUUGGAAGACACAAUUCAAUCGGCCAUCGACAGUGUGGAGGACCUCUACCCGCAGAAAUUGGAACCGUUGAUGACUCAAAUUGCUCUUGCGGAUGUUGAUAACGCCACUAGGACCAAUGCUUAUGAUACCACGAUUUUUCCCGAUGGAUUUGAUGUUGAUAAUGAACUUGAAGCCGAAUACUCCGAGCCGGAGGAUGCAUAUGACAAUGACGAUGACGGUCUACCUAGUAGCUCCUUUCAGUUCGAUGAUGAGCUCCUAGAUGCCCUCGCCGAGGAGAUGAACGAAAAAGAUGCAACAAAAAGGCAACACGACAGGAAAAAGAUAGACCAAGAGGACUUCCGUCUAGGGUACUCGGGUGCGAGUCAGUUUCGUCUAUCGAAACGGGCGCGGACUGGUGAUUUGAGCUCCUCGGAAGAACGCCUUACGAAGCGUCCGAAAAAUGGUUACGUUGAAUCUCCGAAGGAUGGAUCAAAGCCGAAACCAUUAGAUGAUAGCUUUUCGUCAUUUGAUGUCGCUGCAAUCUUACAAGAAGCCGAAGAAGAUGGCGAACGUAUCGGACCCGAUGACACUCCGCCUUUGCAUCCACAAAAUGGACUCGACUCUUCUCAAAAGACUGUGCGCGCUAGUCAAAACCAACGACUUUCAUUUCCUGUCGUCAAAGAUCCAAAUGAUCCCAUGACCAUUUUACGUUUCAGCCAGAGAAAUGGACUGUCCAAAGAAAACUCGCGACUUUCUCAGGCCUCGGCGGAUCUCGACUCUCGAGAAAGCAACGGGUUGGAAAAGUCUUCCUCGGAACUUGCAUUAGAAAGCAGUGGCAAUACAGUGAUAAAACUGCACAUGGGUGGCCGGAUGACUGGUGUCUAUGAAGCUUUCGAUAUUCCUGCUAAUCACAAAGCGCUAUUCUAUGGCUUCCCAUGCCCAACGGCAGCGGAAGUCAAAGCAAGUAUCCAAGAUGAGGGACGACCGGCAGUUAUUUAUCAAAAACCAUUCUACAGUGAUGACAACGACGUACCAGAACGGUCACGCGAAUAUGCCGGACGUGACUUUCGCCUCGUGAGCAACUCAAUACGCUAUUUACCCGAGUUCGGUCGACAAGGUCGAAACAUACAUCUGUUUUCCGAGACAUUGCCGCCUAUACUAAGUCUGGAUGAACAACGGAAGGAGGAUCAGAAACUUCGUGAACUUUCUUCGGCACGAAUCUGGGAGUUCGCUCAGCUCCCUCCUUCUCGCAACGAGGUUCUUGAAUGGUUUGAAAACGAAGAGAAAGCACAAGAAAAUGAGAUGACAGCCCCGCGAAUUUCACUACCUGUAUCAAAGCCGAACGUCAUGUCGCAGAUUGAUGGCGCGACACAGAAAAAUCCAUAUGGUUUCAAGUACUCCCAGAAGCAACAGUCUACUAGUGUGAACCACCAAACACAGUACAUGAGCGUUAUGAGCUUGGAAGUUCAUGUGAACACUCGUGAAGGGUUGGCCCCCAAUCCGGAAGAGGAUGAAAUAAGUUGCGUGUUUUGGAGUCUCCGAUCGGAUGACGAGGACGUGGACGUCAAUAGCUAUAUUGAAGGUGUGCACUUGGGUAUUUUGGCACAACCAGCGGAUGUUCUGGUUCCAGUGGCCGCGUCCUUGUCUGUUGAAAUACAGACCGAAGCGUCUGAGCUUGAUCUAAUUACGAGUUUGGUUGAUAUUGUUCGAAAUCAUGAUCCAGAUAUCAUUACAGGUUAUGAAGUCCACAAUGGAUCCUGGGGCUAUCUUAUCGAAAGAGCCCGAGUAAAGUACGAGUAUGAUCUGUGCAAUGAAUUAUCGCGAGUCAAGGCUUCCGCACAUGGAAGGUUCGGCAAGGAUAGUGACAGAUGGGGCUUCAACAACACGUCCUCCAUUUCUGUUACGGGUCGACAUAUGAUCAACAUCUGGCGAGCAAUGAGGAGCGAACUGAAUCUUUUGGGUUACACCAUGGAGAAUGUCGUGUUUCAUCUACUGCAUAGACGGAUCCCUCAUUAUCCAUUCAAAGAUCUGACGCGUUGGUUCACCGGAAGCAAGCCUCGCAAUAUCAUGAAAGUCGUGGAGUACUAUCUCUCCCGUGUACAAUUGGACUUGGAAAUCCUGGAUACCAACGAAUUGAUCCCACGGACUAGCGAACAAGCUCGGUUACUUGGCGUGGACUUUUUCUCAGUAUUUUCUCGCGGAUCUCAGUUCAAAGUAGAAUCAUUAAUGUUUCGAAUUGCCAAACCGGAAAACUUCAUAUUGAUAAGUCCUAGCCGGAAACAAGUUGGCCAACAGAAUGCUCUGGAAUGUUUGCCGCUUGUGAUGGAGCCUCAAAGCGACUUUUACACAAGCCCGCUACUCGUCUUGGACUUUCAGUCGCUAUACCCGAGUAUCAUCAUAGCAUACAACUACUGCUAUUCGACUUUUCUUGGCCGACUUGACAACUGGCGCGGACGAGGCAAGAUGGGGUUUACGGAAUAUAAGCGACAGGAACGUAUUCUUGAAUUGCUGAAAGAUCACGUCAAUAUUGCACCCAACGGUAUGAUUUAUGCUAAACCCGAGAUUCGCAAAUCUUUGCUUGCCCGAAUGUUGAGCGAGAUUCUGGAGACUCGAGUGAUGGUGAAGAGUGGUAUGAAGGCGGAUAAGGAUGACAAAACUUUACAGCAGUUAUUGAAUCACCGCCAGUUGGCUUUGAAGAUGAUUGCGAAUGUCACCUAUGGCUAUACAUCGGCAUCUUUCUCUGGUCGCAUGCCCUGCUCGGAGAUUGCGGAUAGUAUUGUCCAGACGGCACGGGAAACUCUAGAAAGGGCAAUUGCUUUCAUUCACUCUGUUGAUCGAUGGGGUGCCGAGGUGGUGUACGGAGAUACCGAUAGUUUGUUUAUUUCGCUGAAAGGACGAACACGUGAUGAAGCUUUUACCAUUGGUGAGGAGAUUUCCAAAGCAGUAACAAAGAUGAACCCACGUCCGGUAAAGCUCAAGUUUGAGAAAGUCUAUCAUCCAUGUGUGCUGCUUGCAAAGAAACGAUAUGUUGGAUUCAAGUACGAGCAUCGAGAUCAAGUUGAGCCGGACUUUGACGCAAAGGGAAUUGAGACUGUUCGACGAGACGGUACACCCGCCGAGCAGAAGAUAGAAGAGAAGGCACUGAAGAUUCUUUUUCGAACCGCGGAUUUGAGUCGAGUUAAGGACUACUUCCAGAAACAGUGCCUGAAAAUCAUGCAAGGCCGAGUAUCCGUUCAAGAUUUCUGCUUUGCGCGUGAAGUCAGACUAGGAACAUAUAGCGAGAAUGGCACGCUUCCCGCAGGAGCAUUGAUUAGCACAAAGAAAAUGCUCGAGGACCCACGACUCGAGCCACAAUACGGCGAACGUGUUCCGUAUGUCGUUGUUACGGGGGCGCCUGGAGCAAGACUUAUUGAUCGUUGCGUGGCCCCUGGAGUGUUACUCAACAAUGCCCAUCUUGAGCUGGAUGCCGAGUACUACAUUACGAAGAAUCUUAUUCCUCCACUGGAGCGAAUCUUUAAUCUUGUUGGCGCGAAUGUUCGUCAGUGGUAUGAUGAGAUGCCUAAAAUACAACGAAUCCGUCGCAUCGAGGGGGCAUUCACAGGGUUAGGAGGCGGCAACAACAACGCAGCAAUAUCCAAGAAAACUCUCGAAUCAUAUAUGAAAUCGUCAACAUGUCUGAUCUGCAAAGACAAACUUCAAGAUAACAACAACGAUCUUCCUCUCUGCAACAGCUGUGCCAGUCUACCUCACAUUUCUCUGUUCAAGUUGACAUCUCAACUCCAACAAGCUGAGCGACGCACGAGUAAUCUUCACAAGAUCUGUCGGUCAUGUAUGGGAGUACCAUUUGGAGACGAAGUUAGUUGCGACAGCAAGGAUUGCCCAGUGUUUUACUCCCGGACGCGAGAGAUGAGUAAUUGGAAGAGCUCUAAUUCUGUCCUAGAGCCUGUUAUUAGGGAAUUAGAACGGCGUGAUGAGCGAUUGGAUUGGUAG